AUGGCCUUUCCCACCGAUUGCAACGAAGAUUCGUCUUCGUCCGCUGAAUGGCUCGCGACGCUCGAUGCGGUUUACACGCUGUUGGAGGAUCCAGUAACACGUGCUGCAUAUCCACACCUGGCGCAGCGUGUACAGGACGCUGUCAGUCUCACAGAAGAAAUAGUACGGGAGCUGGGGCCUGAACAGAUCAGCCUCAGCUUCAAUGGCGGGAAGGACUGCACGGUCCUCGUCCACAUCCUGUCUGCUGUCCUGCGCCGUCUAUCACAAAAAAGAUCAUUAUCUACUCCUUCCUCCUCGCGCACGCCGCCCAUACCGCCUCUGCGAUCCGUCUACAUCACCUGCCCUUCUCCCUUUGCAGAGGUGGAGCGAUUCAUACGCUCCUCGUCGCGCCGUUACAAUCUGCGCGUGCGCAGCGUCGCUGGUGACAUGCGGCAAGGUCUCGAAGAGUACCUUUCCGGCGGCGGGGAGUGCUUCUGCAGCUGCGUCUCUGCCUCUUACGACGGCCACAGCGUGACAGCAAUCUUCAUUGGCACACGCUCCACCGAUCCCAACGGGCGAGGCAUCGGGCGAAGAGCCUGGACCGACUCGGACUGGCCGCGCGUGGAACGGGUCCACCCUAUCUUGGACUGGUCAUACAACGAUGUAUGGGAGUUUCUACGCUGUCCGCUCUUCAAGUACAAACAGGUGGACUGGGAGGAGGAGCGGCUCGAGCAGGAAGGGUGCGCAAGGAGUCCCGGGCUGCCGUAUUGCUUGCUCUACGACCUUGGGUACACUUCAUUAGGCAGCACCUACAACACUUUUCCCAAUCCCGAACUCCAGCGAAAGGCUUCUGCCCCGGCUAAUUCGGUGACUGGAGCAACGCAAAAAGGCGACGAGCAUGUCGACGCCAUUGCCAGCGGUCAGCCCUCCAGAGGCGACGAAGGGCGCACAGCAUCCUACAGGCCAGCGUAUGAGCUCGCAGAUGGCGAUCUUGAGCGCAAAGGGCGCGUCAAAGUGGGCAUGCAGCCAUGCUGA